GGCGCCGCUGAGGCUUCGAGUGCUGGCGCCGAGCUUUUGCGGGGAGCUGAGAUCUGGGGCGAGGCCUCCUUCCCCGCGGCGGCCUGUGGGGAAGCGGGGGUGGGGCGGGGCCUUCUGACUACCCAGGCCGGCCGAGGAAGAGGUGGGCAGGUACCUGAGUUGUUUUCGGUUCGGCGGCUGUGGUUGCGGCCGCUGCAGUCGCGCUCUUGCUGCCUCAGCAUCCCUCACAGCCAGCGGAGGCCGCUGGCCUGCCGCUUGACCUGCGGCCGUUUUGGGCCGCAGAGCCCAUGAGAGCGCGGGCCCCGCAGCCGCAUUUGCAGCUGAGCUGUAAUCCCGGGGCGCCCGGAGCCGACGGAGGCAUGACCGCAGCAUGAACGCGGAACCUCCGGAGGAGAAAGCAGCGUCGGAGGCGGGGGCAGGAGCCAUGCCGGAGAAGCGUGCGGGCUCGCGGGCUGCGGGCGGCAACUCGAGUUCUCCAUACACGUGACAGCCGGUACUGCUUUCAUGGUGCAUUUCUGGCUUGAGCCAACUUAGAAGAUGUGCGGAGAGCAUUGAGAACCUGCCUUGGGCCCUGGAUCCUGGACCCGGAAGGUGGCGUGGAGGCUGGGCAGCUCCUUCCUGUUCCUUCUUGGUUCUCUAGGCUGUCGCUGCAGCGUUUGCUACAAGGCUUUGGCCGACCAAGUGUAUACCAUGCUGCUGUUGUCAUCUUCCUUGAAUUCUUUGCAUGGGGCCUAUUGACAACUUCAAUGUUAACUGUUCUACAUGAAACAUUUCCUCAACACACAUUCCUCAUGAAUGGUCUCAUUCAGGGUGUAAAGGGUCUGCUCUCUUUUUUGAGUGCCCCACUCAUAGGCGCACUGUCUGAUGUGUGGGGAAGGAAGCCCUUUCUUCUUGGCACUGUCUUCUUCACCUGCUUCCCAAUUCCACUGAUGAGAAUCAGUCCAUGGUGGUAUUUUGCAAUGAUUUCCAUAUCUGGAGUCUUCUCAGUCACGUUCUCUGUGAUAUUUGCCUAUGUAGCUGAUGUCACUCAGGAACAUGAGCGAAGUACUGCUUAUGGAUGGGUCUCAGCCACUUUUGCAGCCAGUCUGGUCAGCAGCCCAGCCAUUGGAGCGUACCUUUCUGCCAGUUAUGGAGACAGCCUUGUUGUGCUAGUAGCCACAGUGGUAGCUCUUCUAGACAUCUGCUUCAUCUUAUUGGCUGUUCCGGAAUCUUUGCCAGAGAAAAUGAGACCUCUCUCCUGGGGAGCCCGGAUUUCUUGGAAACAAGCAGACCCUUUUGCGUCACUGAAGAAAGUUGGAAAAGAUUCUACCAUUUUAUUAAUCUGCAUCACUGUUUUUCUUUCAUACCUUCCUGAAGCUGGACAGUAUUCAAGUUUUUUUCUCUAUCUCAGGCAGGUCAUAGGAUUUGGAUCUGUUAAAAUUGCAGCUUUCAUAGCUAUGGUAGGAAUUCUGUCUAUUGUGGCUCAGACGGUCUUUCUUACUAGCUUGAUGAGAGCAUUAGGGAAUAAGAACACUGUUCUCCUUGGUUUGGGCUUCCAGAUGUUCCAGCUAGCCUGGUAUGGUUUUGGAUCUCAAGCAUGCACUGUCACUGGGGCUGGCCUGCCCCCUGACCACAGCCUGACCUGUCAUUGCAGGAUGAUGUGGGCAGCAGGGAUUGUGGCCGCCGUGUCCAGCAUUACGUUUCCAGCAGUCAGCACCCUCGUCUCUCAGAAUGCAGAGUCAAAUCAGCAAGGAGUUGCCCAGGGUAUCAUAACUGGAAUAAGAGGACUCUGUAAUGGACUGGGACCAGCCUUGUAUGGCUUCAUAUUCUACAUGUUCCAUGUGGAACUGACUGAGUUGGAACCAGAAUUGAUUUCUAACAAUGCUGCCCUACAGGGAGCUGUCAUCCCAGGCCCGCCAUUUUUGUUUGGGGCGUGUAUAGUGUUUAUGUCUUUCCUGGUUGCGGUAUUCAUCCCUGAGUACAGUAAAGGCAGUGGAAUUCAAAAACACAGCAGCAGUAUCAGUGGCAGCCUGGCCAACACUCCAGAACGGGGCAGUGAUGAGGACAUUGAGCCACUGCUUCAGGACAGCAGCAUCUGGGAGCUUUCUUCCCUUGAAGAGCCUGGGCAUCAGUGCACUGAGCUGUAAAUUCUGCAGAAAGGAUUCUGUGGACGCCACCUCUGAGCGUCAUGGGGGAGCCACACCACAUGGAGACUUCAUGGUGCUGGAGGGGAGAUACUAGUGGCAUCCCUCAGGGCUGAGUUUGAGAAGUAACCACCUCCAUCCCUCCGUCUUCCUCCCCUUCCUCCUCCUGUUCCUUUUCCACCAUUCUUUUCCUUUUCCUUUCAUUAUACGUUAGAACUAAUUAAGAUUUGAAAUGUUAUACUUUCCUGCAAAUAAUAUGCAACUCUCAAAGUUCUCUGGGAUCCACAUUCAGAGACUCAAAUAGAAGAAGUCAUCUGUGGUGGAAAUGAUGGCUUUCCUUAAUUAAUGUCAGUGUAGGAGUGAUCAUGUCCUUUUCAAAAGGUGCAGGAUUGUAAUACAGCUGCUGUCUCUGACAGAAUUUUAGAUAAAAAAUCCCAUAUUUUCUCCUCUUCCAUUCCUCUGAACUGUGUGCAUUUAUCCCAUAGCUGUUUUUAAGUGGCUGCUUCAGGAGUCCCUCAGUCAGGGAUCUGUUGCCUUUGUUCUAAGAUCAGCAAAAAUCUAGUCUUACUCUCCUUUCCUUCUCUGCUUCCUAUUCUUGGCUAGAAUGAAAUUCAGCAUAUAUACCUCUGGAUAGUAACAAUACUGAUUAGUAUUAUUUAAUACCUUUACCAGAGGAAGGAAAAAUUUUUAAUAAAUCUAAAUCAUGAAGAACUAGCAGUUCAGAUUCCUGGACCUAAUGUCUUGGUUAGAUCCAUGGUGAUUUUACAGAAGAAAAACAUACAUCAAGCGUUCUGAUGGCAACAUAGAACUUGGAGGGUGCUUGUAAGAACCUUUUCAACAAUGUAAACAUUCCUAAGUGAAGAUGAGAGUUAGCAACUGGAUACCAGUGGAGUUUAUAUCCAAGUUUAGACUCACGUCAUGUUUUAUUACUAUUUACUCCCACCCACAUAUCCUGUGUCCUGCUUUUCGGUGUUUCUCAUUCAUCACAUCCCCACCUUAACUGUUUUAUGUGGGCAUUUGUGUUCAGCCUUUGUUUUCAUCUGUUAUCAUCUGCCUUUUGAAUCUCAUAGGAAUAUGCACAGCAAAUCCCUUUCUAAAAUAUGGGUUUAAGAAGCUCAGUUUCACAAGUGUCUUGCUAAUUUUUCAAGAUGUUUUAUGGACAAAGAAAACUUGAGAUUUAUGUGUGUUUUGCUGCACGAGUAAGUGGAGCAUUAACUAGGGCCCAACUUUAACGUAGCACUCCUUUGAAAGUUUUAUAGGUAUGAAAUAUAUGUAGCUAUAUCAUAAAGAGUUUUAAUUUUUUUGAUGGGGUGCUGUGUAAAUCUUGUAUUUAUAAAUAUAAUGAAAGUAUUGACAGAAAAAAUAUAUAUACAACUUUUAUAAAGGAUUGUGUACUGACUGAAUACAUUUAAAAGAAAAUAUAUUUUGAAACCUGUUCUGCUAUGAACAAAGAUAACAUAUCUUUUUUUACUAUGCUUUUGGUUUUUAAGUUAAGCUUCUUAAUGCAUAAUAAAUUUGCAAUGGAUA